AUGGGGGCGCGGCGGCUGCUGCUGCUGCUCGCGGUCGGAUUCUGUCUGUGCGGCCCCUUGCUGUCGGUCCGCACUCGGGCUCGCCGGCCAGAAUCAAAUGCAGAGAAUGCUACUCUGAGAAUCCGGGCAUUUCUUUCCAGGAAUUAUUUUGAAACUUUUGAACAAUUCUCACAUGAGGAAUUGGAGGAGAAAAACGGAAGCAGGUUAACUGAAGACAGAUUAAUCUCGGUCAAUAUAAGUUCUCCUCUUCAGAAAUCAGGCCCUGUGUCCAUCUCAAAAGAAGCCUCAAGUUAUCUGACUAGUCCCUGGCUGACUCUCUUUAUCCCGGCCAUUUACACUGGCGUGGUGAUAAUAAGCCUUCCGCUGAACCUCAUGGCCAUCAUUGUGUUCGUCGUCAAAAUGAAGAUUAAGAAGCCAGCCGUGGUCUACAUGUUACAUCUUGCCACGGCAGAUGUGUUGUUUGUGACCAUGCUUCCCUUUAAGAUCAGCUAUUACUUUUCUGGGAGUGACUGGAAAUUUGGGUCUGAAAUGUGUCGCUUUGUCACUGCAGCAUUUUACUGUAACAUGUAUGCCUCCAUCAUGCUCAUGACAGUCAUAAGCAUUGACCGCUUCCUGGCUGUGGUGUAUCCCAUGCAGUCCCUCUCCUGGCGCACUCUGGGGAGGGCUUCCUUUGCUUGUCUGGCCAUUUGGGCUGUGGCCAUUGGGGGGGUGGUACCUCUUGUCCUCAAGGAGCAAACCACUCAAGUUUUGGGCCUCAACAUAACUACAUGUCAUGAUGUACUCAGUCAAACCCUGCAUGACAGCUACUAUGCGUAUUACUUCACAGCCUUCUCUGCUGUCUUCUUUUGUGUGCCAUUGAUCAUUUCCACAGUGUGUUAUGUGUCUAUCAUUCGAUGUCUCAGCUCUUCCACAGUUGCCAACCAGAGCAAGAAGACCCGAGCUUUGUUCUUGUCAGUUGCUGUUUUCUGCAUCUUCAUCAUUUGCUUUGGACCCACAAAUGUCCUCUUGAUUGUACACUACUCACUCUUUUCUUCUAAUUCCUCGAUGGAGGCUGCCUACUUUGCCUAUCUUCUCUGUGUCUGCAUCAGCAGCUUAAGCUGUUGCAUUGAUCCCAUGAUUUACUAUUAUGCAUCCUCUGACUGCCAGAGGUACCUCUACAGUAUCUUAUGCUGCAAAGAAAAUUCUGAUCCCAACAGUUACAACAGCAGUGGUCAGUUAAUGGCAAGUAAAAUGGAUACCUGUUCUACUAACUUAAAUAACAGCAUGUACAAAAAGCUGUUAACUUAG